AUGGGGGCCAAUGCCACCCUUCUGAUCACCAUCUGCCUGGAGGCUUCUCUGCAUGAGCCCAUGUACUACCUGCUCAGCCUCCUCUCCCUGCUGGACAUUGUGCUCUGCCUCACUGUCAUCCCCAAGGUCCUGGCCAUCUUCUGGUUUGACCUCAGGUCCAUCAGCUUCUCUGCCUGCUUCCUCCAAAUGUUUAUCAUGAAUUGCUUCCUUGCCAUGGAGUCCUGCACAUUCAUGGUCAUGGCCUAUGACCGCUAUGUGGCCAUCUGCCACCCACUACGAUACUCAUCCAUCAUCACUAGCCAAUUUGUGGCCAAGGCUAGUGUCUUCAUUGUCACACGAAAUGCCCUUCUCACUGCACCCAUUCCUAUUCUGACUGCCCGGCUCCAUUACUGUGGAAAAAAUGUCAUUGAGAAUUGUAUCUGUGCCAACCUUUCUGUGUCUAGGCUCUCCUGUGACAAUUUCACCCUAAACAGAAUCUACCAAUUUGUAGCUGGUUGGACCUUACUGGGCUCAGAUUUCAUUCUCAUCUUCCUCUCCUGCACCUUCAUCCUAAGAGCUUUGCUCAGAUUCAAGGCUGAGGGGGCUGCAGUCAAAGCUCUGAGUACAUGCGGCUCUCACUUCAUCCUCAUCCCGUUCUUCAGCACCAUCCUGCUGGUUGUGGUGUUGACGAAUUUGGCCAGCAAGACGGUCCCCAUGGACAUCACGAUUCUUCUCAGUGUCCUGAAGGUGGACAAUGCAGCGGUCACCUGGGUAGCCUAUGAAUGCUGCAAAUUUCUAGUGUAG